CUUACAACCAUCGUUUUUGGCAGUGGUGAGUGUGGCGAACUAGGCCUGGGCCCAACGAAGAAAAUGACACUUGUUGGGCGGGUCAAUCCCUUUCUCGAUCCCCAUGGAGAGGACAAGGUCCAAGUCGUCCAGAUUGCCUGCGGCGGCAUGCAUGUUGUUAUUUUGACGGCAGAUAACAAGAUCAUAACAUGGGGAGUUAACGAUGACAAUGCACUUGGAAGAGACACCAAGUGGGAUAGUGGACGGGAUACGGGGUCCGGUGACGGCGACGACGACGACGACGAAGAUGACCUGAAUCCUCACGAGUCGACCCCCGCACAAGUUCCAGUCAAUCAUUUCCCGUCCAAUACCAAAUUUGCGCAAGUUGCUGCAGGCGAUAGUUGCAGCUUUGUGCUUACCGACACUGGCUUGGUGUACGGAUGGGGUACUUUUCGUGUAGGUGACAUGCGAUUUUGCUUCGACCGCAACGGUGCACUCGUCAAGACCCAAGACAAGCCAAUGCUUAUCCCCGAUUUGAAAGGCAUCACACAGAUUGUAUGCGGAGCGAAUCACGUCCUCGCCCUUGAUAGGUCCGGCACGAUAUGGGGUUGGGGUUCGGGAGAGCAAAACCAGCUCGGGCGCCGUCCUUUUGGCAGAUACCAGAAUACCCUCACACCUCGUCGGGUCGAAGUAUGUCGUGGGAAGGCGCGCUAUAUAGCCUCCGGUGACUACCAUUCCUUUGCAAUCGAUGCCAAAGACAAUGUGUGGGGCUGGGGUCUCAACUCCUUUGGCGAGGCUGGAGAUGUCAAGACAGCAGGCGGUAAUUUCACCGUAUUGCCAUAUCCCAUCAGGAUCCCCGAGCUAUGUGGGAGGGGGAUCACGACCAUGGCGGGAGGCGCUCAUCAUUCUGCUGCCGUCACGGCUGAUGGCGAGUGCCUUGUCUGGGGUCGCCUUGACGGAGGACAACUUGGCAUCCGAUUUUCACCACAGCAACUUCGAGACGAAUCGCAUAUUCGUCAAGACGAGCAUGGUCGACCACGCAUCUGUCUUCGACCUACCGCAGUUCCUAAUCUUGGCCGGAUCAAGCACGUCGCUUGCGGAACAGACCACACGAUUUUCAUCGAUGAGAAAGGACACGGAUAUGCCACAGGCUUUGGCUCGUCCGGGCAGCUUGGGCUCGGCUCCGAGGAUGAUCAAGCUGUUCCUCAGAGACUGCGCGGAAAGAUCAUGGAUGAGCGCAACUUGGUAUGGGCAGGUGCUGGAGGGCAGUUUUCUAUU